AUGGCCGACGUCACGCCCCAAUACCCGCUCUACAACUCGACAUAUACCGCCUACCGUCUGUCGCCCCUCUACCACGGCUCGAGAGCGCUGCUUGACGAACUAUCGCUACGGACAUAUGCGCAUCGCUUGCGGGACUUGCUGAAGGGUGACACGCUGCGCGGCGUCGACGUCGGCGGCUUCGCGGGCACCGACAAUGGAAGCACCGGCGCGCUGGAGAGCUGCACCUGGGAGCUGCUAGGCGACGAGGCCAAAUGGGAAGAGAUGCACCAGCACGAGCAGCAGGAUCGCGGCGAUGAUGAUGACGACGCGCCCGAGGUCAGCAUCGCCGAGGCGCGCGGCAUCUUCGUCCAGCUCCGCUAUGUAAAGACGACCUAUACCGCGCUACUACUGCGCGACCCCAAUGCCCAGCAGGCGCCGUCCGCAGAAGGCUUCACGUCGCUGCCGCUGCUCCUCGUGCGCAUGCCCGCCGCGCUGCGCACCACCUUCACAGACUACCUCGCCACGACCUUCGACGCGCGCGUCGCGCCUUUGAAGCUGCGCUCCGCGUUCCUGUCCGCGACACUGGAGGCACUGCUCGCGCGUCUGGACGCCGACGACCGCACCUCAGGCCCCAACACGCCCCUCAAGACGCUGCAGCUGCAGCUCGCCUUUCCCUCUGUCUUUGCGCAGGGCACCGGUGCGCCGCCGCUCCGCUGCAUCGACGUCAGCAUAUCCCGCGACGACAUCUCCGAGUUCUUCGCCCGCGGCGUGCGGCUCCUCUCCGCCAACCCCUCCCUGCUCAAGCAACACCAGCAGCAGCCCACCGUCACCGGCCCCUUCACCGUAGCUCUCUCCCACUACCUAGCCAAGCACCUCGCGCUCCCGCUCUCCCACCCCGCCGUCUCCCUCUCCAAGCUCUCC